UGGCCUCUCCAGAAUCUGCCGUUUCACAGUCAUUGUUCAUGGUCGAAAGAUUUCCACGUGCUCGUGUUCAGUGGAGUAUAAAUCAGACCAUCUGCAAUGCUUUCGUUUGGCCUUCUCUGUGCUCUCUGCCUUCUCACACUUUCCAGUCUUUCCAACAUGACCUACGCAACGAAGACCACCGCCGUUCCUCCGUUCAACCUCUCCUCCCCAGCGGGAACCGACAUUUGGCGCAAGCCACCCUCCCACAACGUCAUGACGGCGCCCACAAGCCCUUCUCCACUCCCUCUGUAUGAGCUGAAAUCCUUCCAACGCGCCCGCCUCACCUUCGCCCUUCCCCCCGCAAAUCAACUCCGCCAAUACGACCAAGCGGGCCUCCUUCUCCACUUCACCAAGCCCGGUCUCGAAGAGGGAAAAGACAAAUGGAUCAAAACGGGCGUCGAAUUCUACUACGGGAAACCAUACCUCAGCACCGUCGGCUGCGACGCAUGGGCGGAUUGGAGCGUGGUUCCCCUUACCCCGUUCGCUUCGAACGAGUCUAGGCCCACGGCGACGGUAGAAGCACGCCGCGAGAGAGAUCAACUGGGUAAGAGUCUGUGGGUCUAUCAGAUUAUCAGCGACGAGCAGGGGAAGGAGGUUGAGAGACGCCCACUGAGAGAAGUUAAUUGGGUGUUUGCGGAUGAGGACGGGUGGAAUGUGGGAAUUGGUGGGUAUGUGUGUAGACCGACGACGGAGGGCGGGGAGGGGCUGUUGGAGGCGGAGUUUGAGGAAGGGGUGCUGGUUGAGGUCCUGGAUUAUGAGACUAAGGCGUGAGGAAGGGGAUUAGGAAGAUGUGGAGUCGGUUUACGGGCUGAUCUCGCAAUUGGAUCGGAAAGAAAUUCAAUGGACAUGGGGAAACUCCUAUGAAAUUGAAUUAGAGGUAUAAAUAUGAACGUCGAAUAAACUCCUGCACGCGGCUUAGCGCCCAGAAAC